UCCCCUGCAUAAUAGUUUUUUUUAAUGAGUGCACACUCCCCAGACAGGUACGAUUUACAGUUGUUUCCAUGCUCCUCUGGGUCAACACCACUUCCCCGUAGAUAACACAUAGUGCACAAUGUUUGUCUGAGAAUCAUUUGCAUGAACAAACACGAUUGCCGACCACAGAAUUCACCUGGUGCAGCAUAUCUUUGUCGACGCUGUAUGGAGCAGCAGGCUGGUGUUUGGCCGUGGUGCUUCACUGACGGUUGAAACAAUGAACGUAACGCACCCCGGUGAGUGCUGCCCCUUCGAGUCUCCCAUCCUGGACCACGUUUUGCCUCCAAUACUGAUCCUGGAGUUCAUGUUUGGACUGAUGGGGAACGUUGUCACCCUGUGGAUGUUCAUCUUCCACAUGGACACAUGGAAGCCCAACUCGGUGUACCUGACUCACCUGGCCGUCGCCGACUCCAUUGUACUGUUCUGCCUCCCGUUCAGAGCAGACUACUACCGGCGUGGAAAAAACUGGCUGUUCGGCGAUGCCCCGUGUCGCAUCCUGCUCUUUCUGCUGGCAGCCAACCGUGCAGCGGGGAUCUUCUUCCUCACUGCCGUGGCUGUUGAUCGUUACUUCAAGAUCGUCCACCCAAUGAAUCCGAUCAACCGAAUGGGCCUGGGCUACGCUCUCUGGGUCUCCCUCGGCCUCUGGGGUCUGAUUCUAUGUGCUACUGGACACCUCCUUUCCAUUAAGCACUUUUUCCACGAUAACCACACGCAGUGCGAGAGUUUUAACAUCUGCAUGGGCUUCAGCCCCCUCGCCACCUGGCACAAUGCCUUCUAUGUCAUCCAGUUUUUCCUGCCCGCUGCAAUCGUCGCCUUCUGCACAAUCAGAAUCACUUGGCAGCUGAAGAGCAGGACUGUGGACAAAAAGGGGAAAAUCAAACGGGCCGUCAAGUUCGUGUUGGCUGUGGCUUUGAUCUUCAUCACCUGUUUCUUUCCCAGCACUAUAUCGCGUGUAGCUGUAUGGAUCCUCAAGGUAUGGUACGACGAGUGCAGAUACUUUCAAGAGGCCAACCUGGCAUUCUACACGUCAGUGUGUUUCACUUACUUCAACAGUGUCCUCAACCCCGUGGUGUACUACUUGUCCAGCCCUGCUUUUAGUGGCACCUUCAAGAAGGUCCUGAAUAAGCUGCUGAGAAGGAACGGCGACGAUGAUCAGCAAGAUACAAAUGAGAAUGACAUUUCCACCCUUGAGGGUCGAAGGGUAUAAGGCCAGAUUAUUAUUUUUUUUAACUGGUUACACGAAUGCGUAAUGCACGUUAAAGGCCUGGCUAUUGAUAAAAAUUCUAUUAUCCCAGUUUAUAACUUUAAUAAAGUGUAGAAAAGUAGUUUUGCUGUGAUUGUGAACAAUAAAAUGACCCUCCCAAAAAUAAUUAGCAGCUUAGGGCUGUUACUUACUUGUAUUGAUAUAACAUAAACCCUUGUGAGUGUGGUUGCAGUGUGUAAUUAAGGUAAUUUUGAGCCAACAAUAACUUUUCUGCCGUUGUGUUGUGACCUACACUGGUAAAAUAUAUACUGCAAAACUUCGUAAGGGUAAUCUCUGUCGAAUAAGAGAUCUCAUGUACUGUGUAUGUAUACAGUUUUUCACAGUAAGUUAGUCCAUGUAAUCCUUUCAAAUGUCAAUUACUUUCACUCCAAAACCGCAAACACUGGUUUUCUGCCAAACAGUGAAACAAUAUUUACUGUGCGAAUCGGUUGAGCUGCCAGAGGGAAGUUUACAUUUCUUCAGUGCUAUCAGUAAAAUGUCAAUAAAGGCGCAACCCGAACAUCCACUGCAAAGUGUGGGAGGUUUUUUGUGAACUUAGGAAGGUAGAGAGCAUAUUCUGUAAUACAUGUAUUUAUUUACUUCCUGUCUUCAGUCGUUCAGUGUGC